AUGAAUCGUUUGAUAUUAUUUACGUUCGUUGUUACGUCGUGUUUUGGAUUGAAUGCAGCAUUUUUUUUCGACAUGUUCCCAUGUCCGAGUAACGAAGUUAUAAUUACAAACGAUCUUGGUCCCGGUUUGGUUCUCCAAUACCAUUGUCAUUCAAGAGACGACAACUUAGGCGUGCAGCAUUUACAAUACAAUGACACAAAAAGAAUAAAAUUCGGAGACAAGAUAGGCAAAAGGACAAGAUGGACUUGUCUUCUGAAACAUGGCAUUCGUAUGCAGUUUUAUCGAGAGUUUAUAGCAUACAGAAUGGCCAACGUUCGUCGAUGUAAUGCGAUGCGCCACUGGUACGCCAGAAAAGAUGGGAUUUACAUUAACAGAAAUCAAAGACCCCCACCAGUGUUCAUUUAUCCAUGGAACACAACUAAAUAA